AUGGAGUCAGUGCAGUCAAGUAGUAUAGAACUUGUGAUUAAGUCUGUUGCCAAUGAAGGCAUAGUAAUUCAGAAUACAAAAGAAAUUAAUGAAAAAAACGAAGAGCUUGAAACGACAGAAUAUUUUUUAGAUGUUGAAGAGCAAACUACAGAGGAAAGAAAUGAAGAUACACAAUUUGUACAUGUAGAUGGUUGUGAAGAAAAUCAUGAACAAUAUAUAGCUAUGGAAGUGCAAGAUACUAAUCGAUUAGUUAUACAAGAUAAAGAUAUAAUAUUUUGGAGUAAUCUUUGUAGAAUUUGUGCAAAUCAUAGCGAUAAACUAAUUCCAAUAUUUAAUGGUGAAGGAUUGGAACAUAAUUUAUGCAAUAAAAUUCAUAAUUAUUUACCUAUAAAAAUUUCUGAAAGUGAUAAUCUUCCAUUACAAGUGUGCUAUAAUUGUGCAGCAACCUUGUUGGCUUGGCAUGAAAUGUCUAAAGGUUGUCUAAAUGCUCAACAACAUCUUGUAAAUUUACAAAGUAAAUUUAAUUUAAAAAAUCAAUACUAUACUAAUUCAAUAGUAAAACAAGAAAAUAUUGAGGCGAUAUUAGAAGUAGAAGCAACAAAUAAUGAAGAGUCAAAGGUUCCAGCAACAAAUGAAAAUAAUGUAGAGUCGUUUCAUAUUGAUGUUUCAGACACUGAGAGGUCCAGAAGAUUCCACACAUCAUUUAUAGAACCUUUUAAUACACUAAUUGUAAGUAAGGAAUCUAUCAAAGAAAUAGUUACUAUCUCAAAUGAAAAAAUCGAUACCUGCUUAAUGACAAUGAGUAACUUCUGCAAAUCAUUGACACAAUCAGCUGAUUCAUCGAAUUGCAAUUCAUUAAUCAUAGAAUCUGCAAAUAUUGAAAACAUCAACAUGACUCAGAAAAGCCACGCUUUAAAGAAUAAUAGCUAUAAACGCAAGAAGAAAGGACUCAGCAAUCAGAAAAAUCUGUAUAACUCUCUUAUAUGUGGUGACUGUGGAAAAUUUUUUAAAGUGAAGGACUCUUUAGUGCGCCAUUUACGAAUACAUAGAAAUGAGCGUCCUUUCACGUGCCACAUAUGUGGAAAACAGUUUCGUGAUUCCGGUGGACUAUGUCGACACCUCAGGGACGUUCACGCUAAAUUAAAAAAUCACACUUGUGAGACAUGUGGUAAAAGCUUCGCAUCAAAAGCUACGAAAGAUGAUCAUCAGCGAAUACACACUGGUGAGCGGCCUUAUAUUUGCGAUACAUGUGGCAAAGGUUUUAAAUCUAAGGCUUCGCUUUACACCCAUAGUAAAAUUCAUACUGAUGAAUUUCCCCAUCCCUGUUUACACUGUCAAAAGAAAUUUCGUAGAAAACAAGAGUUACUAUACCAUGUUUCCAUGCAUACUGGCGAGAAAAAUUUCGAAUGCGAUGUUUGUUUUCGAAGAUUUAGAUUAAAAACAGAACUUAGGAGACACACGCUCGUUCAUUCGGAUGAUAAACCAUUCGUUUGUAACGUUUGUGGCUUCCGUUGUAGGCAAAAGCGAUAUUUGAAUAAUCAUGUAAAAUACAAGCAUAGCUUUUAG